GCUUGAACGCCGUUCAGCUCGUUGUCCAACAGGUCCUCAAUCCACCACAAAAUGGAGUCGCUGCGUUUCCUCGGUUCGCUGACCGGCCACAAGGGCUGGGUCACUGCCAUCGCCACGUCCUCCGAGAACCCUGACAUGAUCCUGACCGCGUCCCGAGACAAGACGAUUAUUGUAUGGCAGUUGACGCGUGACGAGGAUACGUACGGCUACCCCAAGCGCAUUCUGCACGGGCACAACCACUUCGUGUCCGAUGUUGUGAUUUCGUCUGACGGCCAGUUCGCCCUCUCCUCCUCUUGGGAUCACACUCUCCGCCUGUGGGACUUGAACACUGGUGCCACCACGCGCCGUUUCGUUGGCCAUACUUCCGACGUCCUUUCCGUCAGCUUCAGCGCUGACAACCGACAAAUUGUCUCUGGUUCGCGCGACCGCACCAUCAAGCUGUGGAAUACCCUCGGAGAGUGCAAGUAUGACAUUAAGGACGACGGGCACACAGAGUGGGUAUCUUGCGUGCGAUUCAGCCCCAACGUCAUGAACCCUGUCAUUGUGUCUUGCGGAUGGGACAAGGUUGUCAAGGUUUGGGAACUCUCGAAGUUCAAGCUGAAGACCAACCACUACGGCCACACCGGUUACAUCAACACCAUCUCCGUCUCACCAGACGGCUCGCUUGCUGCUUCCGGCGGCAAGGACGGUAUCACCAUGCUCUGGGACUUGAACGAGGGCAAGCACCUCUACUCCCUCGAGGCCGGUGACAUUGUCAACGCCCUCGUUUUCUCUCCCAACCGUUACUGGUUAUGUGCUGCUACUGCCAGCUGCAUCAAAAUCUUCGACUUGGAGAGCAAGUCGAUUGUUGACGAGCUCAAGCCCGACUUUGUUGAUGUCGGUGCCAAGUCGCGGGAGCCUGAGUGUGUUUCCCUCGCAUGGUCGGCGGAUGGUCAGACUCUCUUCGGUGGUUUCACGGACGACGUCGUCCGGGUAUGGGCAGUCUCUUCGUAAAGUAUUUCGGGGUGGUGCUUCUCGGAUGCUUUUGUUGUUUUCUAUGUUAUGUAGCCUCGA